AAGAGGCUGUUCAGCUGGGGAUACUGCGAGUAGUCCUCACAGUUUGACCCCCGCCGUGCACCCCUCUCUUCCAGGCGGCCUGUCAACCAAACAUUAUAGCCAACAAGAACGCCCGUCUCCGUGGGGGUACCCGCGUCCUUUUUACAAUGUGUGGAAAUCGAAAUGAUCCGAUUGGAGGAAGAGAAGUGGAAGUCGGGCCUCGGUCUCGUGUGCCGUGAGCCGGCGUAUGUCCGCGAUUGAACCACCCUUCUCCAACCGACGGAAUAUACAUAUAUGAGCAAUCAACGGUUGCGGGCAGCAUGAAUUUGGCGACGACUAGCAUAUCUAGGAGCGUUUCUACAACUAGGUGGACAAAUUUUCGCCCAGGGAUAUCGCUCCCCAAACUUAGCAGCAUGUCUUGCCAACAAGAAACGGCGGCCUGCAAUACCUGUCCCAGCGACAGUCAGCAGAAUGGCGGCUGUACCAGUGUGGGCGACAUUGAAGACUACAAAUCCGAACUCGAGACCUUACGUAAGCGCACGCGCGAGCUCGAGCAGAAGCUGUCCGAGGUAGGCUUUGGAAAUGAUAGUACCAGGGCAUCAGGGUCAGGGUCCCGGUUCCGCUCCGCGCGUUGGUUCAAUGACAAAAGCAACCCCGAAAUGUCCGCCCUCUAUGCUGAUCGAUACAUGAAUUAUGGCCUCACUGAGGAGGAGAUGAUGUCUGGGAAGCCCGUCAUCGGUAUUGCUCAGUCAGGAUCGGACUUGGCUCCGUGCAAUCGGUAUCAUUUGACUCUGGCCAAAAGGGUCCGAGAAGGGAUUCGGUCGGCAGGCGCCAUUGCCUUCGAAUUCCCCACACAUCCCAUUCAAGAAAGCUCCCGGAGGCCUACAGCGACUCUGGAUCGAAAUCUGGCAUAUCUUGGACUGGUUGAGUUGCUGUUCGCAUAUCCCCUGGAUGGUGUGGUCCUGCUCACGGGAUGCGACAAGACCACCCCGGCCUUCCUCAUGGCUGCUGCUACUGUGAACAUCCCGGCCAUCUGCCUUAAUGUCGGACCGAUGCUUAACGGCCGAUUGAAAGGUACUGAUCAGCGCAUGGGCUCCGGCACAGUGGUGUGGAAGGCCAGAGAUCUGCACGCUGCAGGCGAAAUCGACGAUAACAUGCUUGUGGAGAUGAUUACCUCUGGAACGCCAUCGGCUGGCCAUUGUAAUACCAUGGGCACAGCAUCGACCAUGAACGCCCUUGCAGAAGCGCUAGGCAUGGCGCUACCCGGAUCUGCUGCCAUUCCGGCACCCUACCGUGAGCGAUCUCAGGUAGCAUAUAAGACGGGCAAACAGAUUGUGGAAAUGGUCUACGCGGACCGCAAGCCCAGCGAUAUCAUGACCAGGGAAGCCUUCGAAAAUGCCAUUGUCGUGAACAGUGCCAUUGGAGGCAGCACCAAUGCGCCCAUCCAUCUGAACGCCAUUGCAAAGCACAUUGGAGUUCCGCUAGACUUGAAUGACUGGGACAGGAUCGGUUUCGACAUACCCCUGCUCGUGAACGUGCAACCAGCCGGAGAGAUGUUAUGUGAGGAAUAUUACAAGGCCGGUGGUCUUCCUGCUGUUAUGGCCGAGCUCCUGGACCAGGGCAAACUGCAUGGGCAGGCCCUCACGUGCAACGGUAGGACCGUCAAAGAUAACGUGGACGGCCAGCACUCCUGGGACAGGCAGACGAUCAAGGAGUACUCCAACCCGCUCAAAGAGGGUGCUGGAUUUCUCCAUAUGACUGGCAACCUGUUCGACUCUGCCAUCAUGAAAACGUCCGUCAUAUCCGAUGAGUUCCGGAAGGAAUUCCUGGAGGAUCCUAACGAUCCCAACGCUUUCGAGUGUAAAGCUGUUGUCUUUGACGGCCGGGAAGAUUUCAUCGCGCGGGUCGAUGACCCAAAGACUCCGAUCGACAAGAGGACCAUUUUGGUUAUGAGAGGCGCUGGCCCCGUCGGAUGGCCGGGAGCAGCGGAGGUGGUCAAUAUGCAUGCUCCUGGACAUCUGUUAAAACAAGGAGUUCACUCUCUACCAUGCAUUGGCGACGGGAGACAGUCUGGUACGUCAGGCUCUCCAUCUAUCCUGAACGCAAGUCCUGAAGCCGCUGCGGGCGGUAACUUGGCACUUCUACGUGACGGUGACCGAAUACGGGUAGAUUUGACCAAGAGAAAAGUGAAUCUUUUGGUCGCGGAGGAUGAAUUGAAGAGGCGGCGAGAAGAGCUGGAAGCCAAGGGCGGCUACGCUGUUCCAGAGAGCCAGACGCCAUGGCAGGAUAUCUUCAGGCGCGAAACCGGCCAGCUUAACGAGGGCAUGGUCCUUAACUGUGCGGUUAAGUAUCAGAAGGUGGCACAGCGAUGGCCCGCGCCCCGACAUAAUCAUUGAACGGUGUUACACUCUGGAGUUCCAGGGAUAUUGUGUGAACUUUGCACGGCGCUCUCUCCAAUCACCAAUUCUCCCAAAUCGCAUCAGGCAGCACAGUCCGCAUGACCCUCCAGUGGCCCAGAGCGCUCUUUGCCUGCCAUUUCUCGAGUUCCUUUGUAUUGCCGCUCCGGAGAAUACCGUUGUUCUUGUUGAAUGCAUCUGAUGGGAUUUCGUACUUUGGUAACAAGUACUCCCGUCGAGCUCCACUUCCCAGAUAGUCUGGCUGGGUGGGCUUUCGAAAUUUGAUCGGCAAGUUGUCUUUGCGGCAGAACACGACCAUGUUCGUGAAAUCGUCGGGUCUGGUGCCGGGUUCAGGAGGUUCGUCCUCUCUGAAGGCUCGACACGACGGGAAAACAGACGUGAUGGUGCGAUAUAUCAGCGAAGAGGCUGGCAUUGUGAUGUCUCCUGCGUAAUUGAUGGCUAUCACCCCAUCUUGUUUGAGCAGCAUGUGCAGACCUCUGAAGAAUUCGGCGGUGAAAAGCUCGACAGGCUCUGCGCCGCCCGUGAAGACGUCGUGGAUGAUGUAGUCAUAGGAAUUGGCUUCUGAAGCAUUUGCGUUGCGGACAGCUGCCACAGCAUCACCGAUCAAGUAGCUAUGAUUGUGGGGAAGAGAGAAAUAUUUGAUGGCAAAUUCGUGUACCACUGGAUCAACCUCGAUUAUGGUAGUAUUGAUCCCAUGUGCAAUCAGCGCGGAUGGCGCGGUCCCAAUGCCGAGUCCGAUGUUCAACGCUGUCUUUUCCGGCUGUGUAGAAGACGGCUCUACAAGGCGCACCGCUUCAAGCAUGGUGAAGACGGCGUAGAUUGGCUCCCCCACUUUCCGUCGGCCUUGCUUCAGUGGUGGCAUCUUCCAUUCACCUCCAAGAAGACUGUGGUCGCAUCUCAUCACGCGGAAGCCGCGCUGCUUAUCCUCAAGCACGGAAAUGUAGCCGGUGAUGGACUCCUUCCGUUCCAACAGAGUAUAUUCGUAC